AUGACCGAAAAUUUGGAGCACCUCAAACGCUCUAGAGCAACUCAUCGACGCGUAGUAAUCAAAUACUACAAUGAAGCAAACACGACUAUUCAAAAUCGCGGAACUCUUGAUGAAACUGGAGUAGCAAGACUUGAGCAACCGGAAAUCAGCAUCCGCAAGAAACAGGACCACACCUCAAACUCCAAUAGCAAUAUACAGGAACAGAUCACAGAUGAACAGCCACUAGACGAUGAGAUCCAAGAAGCAGAAAGUUUGGACGACAAAAAUGGACAGUACGUUCAUCAAAAUCAACAGUUUCUUCAAAAGCUCAAAACACCGACAGGAGUUUCUACAAAUACCGUUCGAUCAAUAGAUGUGAAUGUCAAAUUACCAAAAGUAAAUUUGCCGGUUUUCUCUGGAGGAAACAUGGAAUGGAAAUCGUUCUUCGAUAUGUUCAAAGAAGCUGUGAAUGACAACACGAGACUGACGAAGAACCAAAAGCUACAUCACUUGAAAUCUUCUCUGACUGGAGACGCAGACAAACUACUAAAUUCCAUAACGAUUACGGACGACAAUUUUGACAUCGCCAUUGACUUUCUGGGGAACUGA